AUGGAAGAAUUAAGAAGGCAAUAUAAUGAACUAAACCCUGGGAUUUAUCUAUAUCCAUGCAUUUUAAAAAGAGAAACAUUCUUUUUGGAUGAUGAUCUCGGUUCAGUUGAAGCUAUAUUUUUUUAUCCCAACGAAUAUGAAUACCAAGAAUACGAACAUAACGAAUUCCCAAUCAUAUACUUUAUACAUGGUGGCGGAUGGUGUUUUGGUGGCGAAGAUGUAGACCACAAACUACCACGAGAACUAUGCAAUAAAACUAAAUCAAUCGUUGUGUAUCCUUUAUACAGUCUAUCACCAGAGGCAAAAUACCCAAUAGCAGUAAAACAAUGUUACAAAAUUUUAUGCAGAGUAGAAGAGAAUGCACAUAAAUAUAGAAUAGAUUUCAAUUCAUUGGUUGUAGGUGGUGAUAGUGCAGGAGGAAACCUAGCAAUUACAACAUCACUACUGUGCAAAAUGAAAAAUGGUCCAAAAAUCAAAAAGCAAAUACUCAUUAACCCAGUCACCGAUACAAACCUAAACACCAACUCAUAUCUUGAAUUUCAAGAAGGCUUUCAUCUGACUAAACAACAGAUGGCUUGGUUUUUUAAUCAAUAUUUAGAAAACGAAAAUCAAAAGAACGAAAUUUUUGUAGCACCAAACAAAGCCACCAUUGAACAACUUGCAAACUUACCAGAAACUCUAUUUUUAGUGGGUGAGUUUGAUGUCUUAAAAGAUGAAGGUUUGGAAUUUUGCGAAAAAUUAAAAAAAGCAAAUGUAAAGGUUAACAGUAUAGUGUUUCCAGGUGCAAUCCAUGACUUUAUAAUGUAUAAAUUUUUAAAUAAUACAAACUGUUGUAAAGAAGGAACUGCAACUAUAAUAGGUUUUAUUUGUUAA